CGCGGCGGGCUGGGUCUGCCUCGCUCCGAGUCGGCAGGCGGCGCGGCUUGUCCCUCACUCUGCUCCGAGCCCAGGCCCGACCCGCCGCGCCCUGCCGCUGCUCCAUGGAGGCUUAUCACAAGCCCGACCAACAGGCGCUGCAGGCCCUGAAGGACGCGGCCAACCGGCUGCGCAUCAGCUCCAUCCGGGCCACCACCGCCGCCGGCUCCGGCCACCCGACAUCAUGUUGCAGUGCAGCAGAGAUCAUGUCCGUGCUCUUUUUUCAUACCAUGAGGUACAAAGCGAAAGAUCCCCGAAACCCCAGCAAUGACCGGUUUGUACUCUCAAAGGGCCAUGCGGCACCAAUUCUGUACGCUGCCUGGGCUGAGGCAGGCUUCCUACCAGAAGCAGAAUUAUUAAACUUGCGGAAAAUUGAUUCCAUUUUGGAAGGACACCCUGUACCAAAACAACCAUUCACUGAUGUAGCUACUGGAUCCCUUGGUCAGGGACUUGGUGCUGCCUGCGGUAUGGCCUAUACUGGCAAAUACUUUGAUAAAGCCAGCUAUCGAGUCUAUUGUCUGCUUGGGGAUGGGGAACUAUCUGAAGGCUCCAUUUGGGAGGCAAUGGCCUUUGCUGGGUUCUACAAGCUGGACAAUCUGGUUGCUAUACUUGACAUUAACCGUCUUGGACAAAGUGACCCUACACCUCUGCAGCAUCAUGUUGAGAUCUAUCAAAAACGCUGCGAAGCCUUUGGCUGGCAUGCUCUCAUAGUGGAUGGACACAGUGUGGAGGAGCUUUGCAAAGCCUUUGGCCAGACCAAAAAUCAACCAACUGCCAUUAUCGCAAGGACUUUAAAAGGCAAAGGAAUAUCAGGUAUUGAAGAUAAGGAAAACUGGCAUGGUAAGCCCCUUCCAAAAAACAUGGCUGAACACGUCAUUCAGGAAAUUGAUGGCAAAAUCCAGAGCAAGAAAAAGCUUUCCCCAGCCCUCCCAGAAGAGGAUGCACCAGUCAUAAAUAUUAGAAACAUUAAGAUGUCAUCUGCACCAGAUUACAAACUAGGAGAAAAGAUGGCUACCCGCAAAGCUUAUGGCCUCGCACUUGCGAAAUUGGGCCAUGCCAAUGACCGAGUAAUUGCUUUAGAUGGAGACACAAAGAAUUCCACCUUCUCUGACCUGUUUAGGAAAGAACAUCCCAGCCGCUUCAUUGAAUGCUAUAUUGCUGAACAGAACAUGGUGAGCAUUGCAGUUGGCUGUGCCACUCGUGACAGGACUGUUGCUUUUGCGAGUGCCUUUGCCACCUUUUUCACCAGAGCUUUUGAUCAGAUCCGUAUGGCUGCCAUUUCUGAGAGUAACAUCAAUCUCUGUGGCUCUCACUGUGGCGUUUCUAUUGGUGAGGAUGGACCUUCUCAGAUGGGGCUGGAAGAUCUGUGCAUGUUCCGUGCUGUUCCCAAUUCAACUGUCUUUUAUCCUAGCGAUGCUGUAUCUGCUGAAAAAGCAGUAGAAAUAGCUGCUAACACUAAGGGCGUUUGUUUCAUAAGGACCAGUCGUCCUGAAAAUGAAGUUAUCUAUAGCAGCAACGAGGACUUCCAGAUUGGACAGGCCAAGGUGGUGGUCAAGAGUAAGGAUGACCAGGUCACUGUUGUUGGAGCAGGAGUGACUCUGCAUGAGGCACUAGCUGCAGCAGAGCAGCUGAAGAAAGAAAAAAUCUACAUCCGAGUGAUUGAUCCAUUCACUAUAAAACCCCUGGAUAAGAUAACUAUACUUGAAAAUGCAAGAGCAACCAAAGGCAGAAUUAUCACUGUGGAAGACCAUUACCCUGAAGGUGGCAUUGGAGAAGCAGUGUCAGGUGCUCUAGUUGGAGAGCCUGGUAUCACAGUUACUCGCUUGGCUGUAUCCCAUGUGCCAAGAAGUGGGAAACCAGCUGAGCUCCUUAAGAUGUUUGGCAUUGAUAAAGAUGCCAUCGUGCAGGCUGUUAAAGUGGCAGUUUCCAAAUCAAGGAAUGCAGAGUAGUUUGAAGCAUCGCACGUUGUGUUACAUCAGACCAGUGUUCAAAACUAUACUGUGACUUGGAGGAGAAGGUGCUUAAAAUAUAUGCAGAGAAGGUCUAAUAAAAAUACAAGAUUUAAACAAAA